CUCCCUCACACUCUCUCUCUACAGGGUUUUACAGCUCAAUCGAAAAUGGCGACCACUCGCAUGAUCUUAACCCGCUCUCUCUUCACCACCAAGCGAACUCUCUCUUCCCUCCUCUCUCGCUCCUCCGUCGUUUCUCUCUCCGCCCCUCCCCCCUCCCCCCUCAUCUCUCCUCCUCCCUCUCCAUUCUCCGCCCGCUCGUCGCCAUCGCCGCCAACUUCCGCCGACUAUCUCCGUCGACCACCGCGCGCGGCUACGCGACCCGGAGAGCGUCUUCGUCUCUCAACAAUCCGAACCAGCCUCCCAGGAGACGAUGCUGCCCGACGGUUGCAAUUUAGGCUCCGUCCCUGCAAAGAGCACUGGCUUGUCGUAUUGGAGGAGCCCGAGGCUGACCCCACAAGGGAUGAAAUUAUUGACAGCUACAUUAAAACCCCAGCCGAGGUCGUGGGGAGGUUUGAUUUUCUCUUUCUCUCGCCGUCUCGUUAGAUUUUGUUUUCUGCUGUACUCUUGAAAUUGCUUUAAAUGGUUUGAUGUGACAUUUCUUUGGUCCA